GGUGAACACUUUGGGAAACUUCUGAGAGGCAUUCACUUGCCCUAGGUAGGUAGGUCUUUGGAUGCCAUUGACGGACGGAGGGAGGAACAGCAGCAGUAGCGAGAUGGAGCCGUGCGUGAUGAAGCCUGAAGCAAAAAAGAAAACCAAGCCCACCAAACUGCCUCCCUGGCCUCCCGAGCCUCCAAACGAUGCAGAGAAGUCGGACAAGCCCAUCCCUGCGGUGCCUCCGCGACCAAAGCACAGCGAACUGAGCCAAACGCAGUAUCAUUUGAAAAGAUUAGCCGUGGAUGGUGAGGGCCAGAGAAACGUGACACAAAGGGAGACGAAGGAGAACAAAACAGAAACUCCUGUGCCCCCACCGAGACAAGCAAAGCAGGAGAGGAACCAGACAACAAGACACGUUCAAGGCAACAGUGACGACAAGCAAAUUUCUGUCAAAAGCGUGCAAUCAGAUGCGGCCUCUGACAUCAAGAAGACAACCAAGUUGCGAAAAAGCCUGAAAGACAAAAAAGCGUCAUUCAUUGUAAGCAAUAGUCAUUUGACUGACGACCAGGACAGAGGUGACGACAUUCCGGACAAACACGCCGCAUCCGCCAAACCGGGCGUCUUGAAGGGCAUGAUGAAGCACCUCAAGUCCACACCCAAAGUUGGCGGCGGCGGUGGCAGUGGCGAGGCACUUCUCGAUCAGAACAAGGAGGAAGCGUCUCAGGAAAAAGAACGGAUGGCCAGUGACAAAGUCAAACAGGACAAAAGUGCAGAAUCCAAACAAGACUUUGGGGGUCGAUUUGCUGGAAUGUUCCGGAAACCUCCUUUGGUGGCGGUGGGGAAAAUGGACGGCGAUUCGGAGGAGAGUGAAGAAGACGAGAAACAAUCUUACGCUGGAAUUUUCAACGGGGUGUUCAAGAAGAAACCUCCAGAAGAGGCUCAGCUGGAUGAGGAGGAGGAGCAGCCUGGUCCCCGUGACGACCUGUCAGACAGCAGCGACGAUCUGUCCCAGAAGGCCUCCGAGGAAAAAGGAGGAUUUUUCAGCGCAAUCCUCCGAAAGACUCCCAAAGAGGUGGCACCCAAGCAGGAUUCUAAAGAGCCCCGCGAUGAUCUGUCGGGCAGCACAGACAGUCUGUCAGACAAUAAGGAAAAAGCAGGACUAUUUGGUGGAUUCUUUAAGAAGGCUACCAAAGCGGCUCAGCCUGACCAGGGUGAGAGCGUGGAUAAAAGGUUGUCAGCCAGCGCCGAGGAUUUAUCUGAGGGCAAACCAGGUCAGGACAAAGAUCGAGGGCUCUUUGGCGUCUUCCAAAAAAAGACCCCCAAAGGAGAGAGAGACGCCUCACCGGACGGUGAGGAGGACAAUGACAAGGAGGACAAGGGACAGGUGACCACAACGGCAGUGGGUGGGGACAAUGCGGCCGAGAAGAGCGUUGCCAAGGAUAAAAACCUUUUCAGCAACAUGUUCAAGAAGCCUCAGAAGCCUGCAGAGGGCGAUAAGGAAGCGGAGGUCAAGAGUGAAGUGACGCCAUCCGGAAGCACUGAGAACUUGUCCGAGAAUAUCCGCAAGGCGAAAAAAGGAGGAGGCCUGGCGGGCAUCUUCAAAAGAUCCUAUAGCAACGACAACCUGCUGGAUGAGGACAAGGAGAAAUCAUCAAGUAAUGACAAUUUAGCAGAAAGCACCACUGUCAAGGAAAAAAGUAUUUUCAGUGGUAUAUUCAAGAAAGCUCCAAAAGCAGCUGACGAGGUGACACUACAGGAGUCAAACGGUGAUGACAAGAAGAAGCUCUUAUCUGACAGCAAUGAAAAGUUGACAGAAGAAACUGGACCAAAGGAAAAGACGGGAGGUUUGGCAGGAAUGUUCAGAAAGUCACCCAAACCGGCGCCACGCUCCAUCGCUAUCAAGGAUCCUCUUAGUGAUGACAAUCUGGAUGAAAGUGCCAAGAUGGAUGACUUGUCAGGAGACGAACUAUCAGGCACUACUGUCAAUCUUGAAGCUGCAACUGCUAAGGAGAAAAAAGGAGGCUUUGCUGGCAUAUUCAAGAGAACGCCCAAAACCGCUGACAAACAGCAGGACAAUGAAGACAACAAGGAGGACGCGGCGCCACCCUCGGGUGGCGGACUGAGACGAAGGAGGACCAUCAAGAAGAAACGACGAGUUGUAUCUUUCAGAGUCAAGACGACCCUUCCCAAGAUGACAAAACGCAACACAUCAUCGCAGGAAAAGAUACCCAUCAUUGAGGAGAGCAUGGAGAUGGAGGAGAUGAUGCCAGCACAGAGCACAGUGGAGGUCCAGCCAGUGGAAAUGGCAGCAUACCCAAUCGAAGGAAACCCUCUGGACUCUGAGGAGGAGAAUGACGGCCUGAUGGACUGGUGGAAAAAUGUUGAAGGUUGGGCCGAGUGGAACAAUUUCCAAGAAGAUGAGGAGGAAAUGGCAAUGGAGGAGGCGGCCGACCGUGUCUACAUGGCAGCGCGACUCUUUGUGCGCCUUUUCAACCAGCGGGGGGCAUCCUUGCAACACUGCAUCCUUGAGCUGCUGGCCCUGGCCGACGCCGCCGACUACUUCCACAAAAAGACCAUAUCGGCAGCCGUCGGCGGAGGCGUGGCCAGCGUGGCCGGCAGCCUGACCACCAUCACGGGGCUCAUCCUGGCGCCGUUCACCUUUGGCGCCUCCAUCAUUGUCACGGCGGUAGGCAUCGGCGUGGCCACGGCGGGCAGCAUCACCUCGGCCACGGCCAACAUUACAGACGCGGUCCACUCCAACAUGGACCGCAAGAAGGUGGAGAAGAUGAUCCAGGACUACCAGGAGCAGAUUAAAGACAUUCGCGAGUGUAUGGAAUUUGUGCAGGAGGGCAUCGAUACUCUGCAGGAGUGGGACUUUGAGAAGUACACGCAGAGUACCGCUAAGAAGGCCUUGAACCACAACAUCAAACAUGUGGUGAAGGAAGGCGGCCGGGCUGGCAAGGCCCUCAUGAUAAACACCGACAAGCUCAUUAGCACUGUUCAGGUGCUGGGUGCGGGGGCUGGAGCAGCCAAGGCUGCCCAAGCCAUUAGCGUCACCACAGGGGUCAUGUCGGCACUCUUCCUGGCCCUUGACGUCUUCUUCCUCGCCAAGGACUCCCAUGAGCUGCGCAAAGGUGCCAAGACCAAAUUCGCAUCCAAGAUCAGGGACGUGUGCAAGGAGCUACAGGACGGCCUCCUGGAGCUCAACAAGGUCAAGACGCAGCUGCAGAAGACCAUGGACGGCAUCGAGGUGGAGGAGUAUGAGGAGAUCCAGGAGGUGGAGGAGGAGGUGGACGACGACGACGACGACGACUUGGAGUCGGAUCCAAAGAAGCUGGCAGAACUGGAGCAAGAGCUGGACCUCAUGGAGGAAAAACUUGACAAAAAGAUUGAAGAGGGCAAAAUCACAGCAAAGGAAGGGGAUUCUAAGAAGACCAAGGAAGAAAUGACAAAAAAGGACAAAGUUGACAAGGAGACAGAGAACCGAAUGGCAGCUUGGAAGGAGAAGCAGGAGAAAGAAGCAGCGUCGCUUAAAAAAGUAGAGGAGAAGCCCAAAACGAAGGACAGCAAAAAGACAGAACGGGAGGGAAGCCACCGAGUUGAGGGGAAAGACGUGCCGGGAAGAACAGACACAAAGGGCGGAGAAGAUGAGGGGAAAGAAUCGCUGGGCAAAAUGGAGGGCUCCAAAAGGAAGCCACAACAUCAGCAAAGUCACAGUGGGACUCCAGAAGGAAGAGUGGAUGUCGUCGCCCAGCGGGCCGGUCAGGAGAGAGGAAGCAGUGGACAAAGCAAAAUGACUGAUGACAUUCAAGCAAAGGAUUGGAGGACAGAAACUACAGCAAGUCGUGAUGGAUGGGACACUCACGGUAGAAGCAAUGAACGGAGGGGCUCGCACCGGAGUCAAGAAUCCAGCCGGAUGGACGAGAGGACGUCUGCCAGCCAGAGGAGGGCGGAGGAAGACAAAAAACAAAUGAGCCGAAUAGAGAGCGCCCGCAAGAAGUUCCAGACAGGCCACGAAGAGCAUGGAGGUAGUAGCUCAGAGAGUCACAGAAGAGCGAGUGACAAGACAGGGACUGACCAGGAGAGGAGAGGAAGUGAUCACAGGAGGAGAGCAAGUGACAGAGAGCAGAAACACAGUCAUCGAGGUUCUCGGCAUCCCAGUGUCCUGCCCGAUGAUGGCUAUUUAGAUAUUUAGCAGAAUUUCUCACAUGACCUUAAAGCAUAGCCCUACGCAAGACUUUGGUGUUGUAGUCGUAGUCCAAGUCCACCUCUCUUUUGGAGUCAGUGGAAAAUAAUUCUGUAUAUUACAGCAAACGUCUGAAGCUAUACAUACUACUCUUGUCCAGGUCAUUUAGGUCUGUUUGUUCAAGCAAGAUCUACUGUAGGUAUUUGUGGUCAUGAAGUCCUGACUGAAUUUAGAGCCAGACCUUGAUGUUUUGCUCAUCGUUUUAAGGACAAAGUCCAAUGCUAGACUGGAGCAAGUCGUCAACCUUUGUGAUCAUAUUUUGAUUUUUGACAUAGGUCCAGGUUUAAAGCACGGUCUUGGUCUUUUGGUCCUCAUAUUCUAGCCAGUGGUUUGAGGAGCCAAACCAAGAUUUUGGGCUCUAAAACCAUAGCAAGAAGGCCCUGGUGCUUUAGUCGAGGCGAGGUCUUUUAGCCAAUGUUGUGAACAGAAUUUGUUUUCAUCUUUUUGGGAUAGUUACACGAUUACACUAUAUUAUUUUAACGUACCAAAUUUGUCACUGACAUUUUAAUAAUUGAAUGUUCACUGGUGUUGGUUUUCUUACUGAACAAAUAAAUUAUUUUAUGUGCCAAAAUUGACACAGAUGUCUUUUUAACAUAUAGAGGUUUUUAAACUAUUGUCUCCUGUUUUAAAUUAUAUUUAAUGUGUAGAUGAGGUUUCUAAACUAUUGUAACACAUUUUCUCUUGUAUGUUUUUGAAGAGUGUAAAUUCAUUAAAUACAUACCUUUCAA